AUGUCGGAGCAGAGAUCCGGGUUAAGAAUCCGAGACGCCAGCCCGGACUCGGUCAUUUACACCCUCGAGUCCAGCCUCUUCUCCUCUUCCGCUUCCGCCAGCGUUGACCGCUGCUCCUUCGCCUCCGAAGCCCUCGACCACGACUCCUCCACCGCCUCCGAGAUCUCUCCGAACUCGGCGGCGCACGAGCUCCGCCACCAGCUUGAAGUCAGCUCCAGCGGUGCUGAUCGCGAUCCAGAUCCGAACAAGUCUGGUUUACACAGCCAUCACCACCACGACGUUCGCCGAUCCAGAAAAGGAGAAAAGGCCAAAGUUCAAAACCAAGACCACGACAACGCGGACUUGGCUAUUGAUUCAGCACGAAGCUCCUUCUCUCUGGCGUUGAAAGAAUGCCAGGACCGUCGAUCUAGAUCUGAAGCUCUAACGAAGAAGCUAGACAGGCCGAGACCCGCUUCUUUGGAUUUGAAUAAUGUCACUGCCUUGUCACCCAGACUGGGGACUUUGAAGAAGAGCUCAAUGGCGUCUCGCAAGUCUGGAACAUUCCCGAGUCCUGGGACUCCUACUUACCGGCAUACCAGUCUCGGAGUUCAGAAAGGUUGGAGCUCGGAGCGAGUUCCGGCCAGUACUAAUUUGGGAAGGAAGAAUACUGCUGGAGCUGCAAUGUUGCCGUUUAAUAAUGGAAGGACGUUGCCGUCGAAAUGGGAAGAUGCAGAGAGGUGGAUUUUCAGUCCGGUUCAGGGGGAUGGUGUGAUGAGGCAGUCGAAUCAGCAGGCACAGAGGAGGCCCAAGGCGAAGAGUGGUCCGCUUGGCCCUCCUGGGGUUGCAUAUUAUUCUUUGUACUCGCCAGCAAUGCCGAUGUUUGAUGGAGGCAGUGUUCCUAGUUUCAUGGCAGAUUCUCCGUUUUCAGCUGGGGUUAUGGCGGCGGAUGGAAUGGCAUUUCACUCCUCCGGUGCUCAUAAUGGAGCCUUUCCGAUUCGGACUGAGCCUUGCAUUGCUCGUUCGGUUAGUGUGCAUGGUUGCUCUGAGGUGUUGGACCAGCAGUCAUCCCUGCCUGAUUCUCGAGAUGAAAAGCAUGAUGGGGUUAAGGAUGCAGCCACCAAUGUAUCUCGCACAGUUUCGCGAAGGGACAUGGCAACCCAAAUGAGCCCUGAUGAUAGCACUCACUCAUCUCCCAAGGAGGGACAUGAUUACUCUGCUUCCACUUCCUCUUUCUUCCCUAUUGAGGAAUUGCAGAGUGCCCCCUCUUUGAAAUUCGAAGUCAGGGAUGUCCAGGUUGAUGAAAGGGUCACUGUGACAAGGUGGUCCAAGAAACAUAAAGUCCGGAUACCUGGGAAGGGCUCUGAUAUUGUUGAUAGAUGGAAAAAGAAAGAUGCUGAUGUUCGAUCUUGUGCUUGGGAUCUCUCUGAUUCAGCAAAGAACGUUUCAAAAGUUAAAAGAGAGGAAGCCAAAAUUGCUGCGUGGGAGAAUCUGCAGAAGGCAAAAGCUGAGGCAGCAAUACGGAAACUAGAGAUGAAGCUGGAAAAGAAGAGGUCAUCAUCCAUGGAUAAAAUUAUGAACAAGUUGAGAUCAGCUCAGAAGAAAGCUCAAGACAUGAGAAGCUCAGUGUCAGACAAUCAGGCACAUGAUGGAAGGAGCUCACGUAAAACUUCAAUAAUUCGUAGGACUAGUCAUAUGAGUUCUUUGAGUGGUUGCUUUACGUGUCAUGCUUUCUAAUGCCUCAGCCAUUCAUUUGUUGUUCCACUUGAGCUAUAAAGCAAGGUUAAGUAAAGGAGUUACGGAGGAUUAGAGCAUUGCUGGAUGGUGUAUAUCAGUUAGCAGCUACUAUUUUGACACUAAAUCAUUGUCAACACUUUUCUGGUGGUGUGAAGUUCCGAUACCUCAAGUUCAGUACUAGAUGACUAGGAUGGUAGUAAGUAAAUUUUGGGGGAAUUCAGUGACUAGUAAUGCUUCUGUGUAUGUAAAUCAAAGACCUUUAGGCUAUAUACGUGCUUUGUUAAAUAUUUUCCCACUAUGAAUGCUUGUUAUGCAAAUUGAAAUACAAUCCAUCUACUCUUUCUUUUAUC